CUUUUCUGUUGAUGAAGGACCUCCUCAUAUAUCUCCACUCACCUGAGAAGUAUUGGUCCCCUGCAGAGAUCGGUUGCUUUCCAGAUAAAACACUAAAUGUGCAAUUUUGCUGUUGUCAGACAGAUUUGAUUACUUGCAAAUGAGCAUUUAUCACAGGUAACUGUAAUAAAAGUUGUUGCAGUCGUUGCAACAAUGGCAGUUGUUGUAGGAGGCCUGGUAGUAGCAGUUGCAAUCGAAGUCGUGAUUGAUUCAUUUGAACAAGCUGAUUCGGACACGUCAUUUGGACGGACAGGACUCCUCCAGCCUCGUAUGACAGACUGAGAGCUCAUCAUGGAGCACAUGUCGUCUCCGGUCAGGCUCCGCAGCAAUAAAGCUCUUUCAGAAAAGGAGGGCUCCUUGACUGUGGAACAACGGAGGACCGACUGGCAGAUGCAGCAGCAUUAUGGCCAAAUGCGUCGCGUGCUGCCAUUGCAGUCGUCCACUUUGUCCAUCGAGGACCAGGAGGACACACAGCUGCCCUACGCCAUGAGGGAUCUGCCUCCCGCUCCUCGGCCUGGUGAACAGACACCAGACCGCCAGACGCCAGUCAAUGACCGUGAGCUGGAGGGAUCUGGAAUGGGAACUACUGCAAAACUACCUAGCUGUCCCGGGACCCCACUUCAGCCCCGUUCCCUCUCCCGCAGCCCUGCUGGCUCUCCAGUGGCCCCCCCGAGGCCGCAUCGUGCAGCGACGGAGAAUCAGUUUCAGCCCCUGUCUCUGAGGAGGCAGCUGGCCACUCAGGGGUCUCUGGACUCACCGCUCAGCCCUUCCUCACGACCACAGAGCCCCUGGGGACGUUUUGACCCCUAUGACUCUCCAGAGGAUCAGGACAAGGAGUAUGUGGGCUUUGCCACACUGCCCAACCAGGUGCACAGAAAGACAGUGAAGAAAGGUUUCACAUUUACUCUCAUAGUAGCAGGAGAGUCUGGUCUGGGUAAAUCCACGCUGAUCAACAGUCUGUUCCUCACAGACCUGUAUAAAGACAGGAAGGUUCCUAAUGCAGAGGAGCGGAUCUCUCAGACAGUUACAAUCACCACACACUCCAUUGGCAUUGAGGAGAAGGGAGUCAAACUGCGGCUGACCAUUGUAGACACACCGGGGUUUGGAGAUGCUGUCAACAACACAGAGAGCUGGAAGGAAAUAGAAGACUACAUCGACCGGCAGUUUGAGCAGUAUUUCAGAGACGAGAGCGGGCUGAACAGAAAGAACAUCCAGGACAACAGAGUCCACUGCUGCCUCUACUUCAUCUCUCCCUUUGGCCACGGCCUGCGACCUUUGGAUGUGGAGUGUAUGAAGGCUUUGCAUGAGAAGGUCAACAUAAUUCCUGUACUGGCCAAAGCUGACAGCCUGACGCCCGCAGAGGUCUGCAGGAAGAAGAUGAAGAUCAAAGAAGAAAUCAAGCAGUUUGGGAUCAGCAUCUACCAGUUUCCAGAUUGCGAUUCAGAUGAGGAUGAAGCGUUUAAAAAACAGGACCAGAUACUCAAGGACAGCAUCCCGUUUGCAGUAAUCGGCAGUAACCUUCAGGUGGAGAGUAAAGGCCGCAAGUUCAGGGGUCGACUCUAUCCAUGGGGAAUGGUAGAAGUGGAAAACCCGGCUCACUCGGACUUCCUGCUGCUGAGGAACAUGCUGAUGAGAACCCACAUGCAGGAUCUGAAGGACGUGACGAGGGAGACGCACUACGAGAACUACCGAGCCCAGUGCAUCCAGAGCAUGACCCGCAUGGUGGUGCAGGAGAAGAAACGCAGUAUACGGGACAAGAUUCGUCAGGAGAGCAGGACAGAUUUCCCUCUGCCGCUGGCUGCCAUCGACACAGAGAAGGAAAGACUGAUCUUGGAGAAAGACGAGGAGGUGUAUCUCACUCAGCGACUCGGUCACUUCAUUUAUUUAUUUAUUUUCUCACUCAUAAAUAAUCUCCACACCUCCCUCAUCACACUCUCUCCCCCUCUGCAGCUGAGGAAGAUGCAGGAGGUGCUGGAGAGGAUUCAGGAGCAGAUGCAAAACAGCCAGAAAGGAGACUUCUGAUUUACCCAGCGUCCCUUGGAGAGCAGAGGAACGUCGAGAAGGCCCAAAAUAGAGAAGCUUGAUCCUGGCCAUGAAAACACAACUUGAAUAACAAUGAAUUCAGCCAUAUUACUUUCUCAGCUUAGGCAUUUAUCUGGUGCUGCACAGGGACAGCUGCGAGGGAGCAGUCAGAGGUUUUGUGUCAUGCUCAAGGGCACUUUGGCAGGACACAUAGGAGUCGAUUGAUCCUGUUACUUCUCAGCUAGGGGAUAAUGUCUGUAAAUGUCAGGUCACUCUGCAGCUGUUAUUCAUCUAUUUUACUCUAUUCUUUGCAUGAUUUGUGUUCCAGUAUGGAUCCAAGUUGAUGACAGUGCAACAUUGCCACCUAGUGGCCAUAGUAGUACUUUGAAACUUUGAGUUUUAAAGGAACAGUUCACCCAAAAUACAAAAAAAAAAAAAAAAAAUCCCAUUUAUUCCCAGGGCAUCUAUCUCAUCAUAUCCUGUAGGGAAUCUGUCCAUUCAGGUAGUGUCUGUGUGAUUUGACGAGAUUUCCCGCUUGCCUUGACCGUCCCUGUCUCCUGGCACCCAAAAACAAUCUUGGUUAUGCUUGGUGUCAUCACUCUCCAAACAGCUGUUGCUAUUGUGUUUUUUGAGUACAUUCUUCGAGCCCACAUAUAAAUAAACAAUAAAUAAAUAAUGGCCAAAUCACAUGGAUCUGGAGAGAUAGCCUGCAGUAGGAGUAAGUGGGAAAAUAUUAAUAUAUAUCUGUUUGAGGAAAAUGUUUCUUUAAGUCUUUACAAGUAUGUGACAUGCUCAUUGGUUUUAUGGAUUUUGUAUUUUUCAUCUUUAAACUGAAUUUUACUAUUUUGUAACUGGGGAUGACGAGUAAAAGUGUGAAUAAAGAACUUUCAAACCCCACUGUAA